GCCGGUCCCGCCCCGCGGCCCAGGCCCCCUUUGUGACGCAAGCUGCCGGUUUGUGGUAGUUCUUGGUGGGAGCGAGUUCCUUUGAGGGGAGGAACCUGAAUUCAGGAUUAGGUAACUGACCUGAGGAGAGUGAUUCGCAGAAGCAGUGAAAGCAGUGAAGAACCCGGCCAGGGAAAAGUGAUUUCUAAAGGAUCGAAGCUAAGGCUGGAACCAAUGUUCUGGCAACAGGGUGAUUAAGAAAUGAAGCCAACAGGUACAGACUCAAGGAUAUUAUCUGUAGCUGCUGAAGUUGCCAAAAGUCCUGAACAGAAUGUGCCUGUUAUUUUGUUGAAGUUAAAUGAAAUAAUAAACACACCAUUAGGAAGCUCAGAGUUGAAGAAAAUCAAACAAGAUAUAUAUUGUUAUGAUCUCAUUCAGUAUUGCCUCUUGGUCCUUGGGCAAGAUUAUUCUCGGAUCCAGGGUGGUUGGACUACAAUUUCUCAGCUUACGCAGAUAGUAAGCCACUGUUGUGUGGGCUUAGAGCCAGGAGAAGAUGCAGAAGAAUUUUACAAGGAAUUGCUUCCAUCAGCUGCAGAAAUUUUUUUAGUUUUGGUGAGACGAUUGCAAGCAUGUUUUAUCAAUGCAACUAAGGGUGAAGAAAAAGAUGAAUUACUACACUUUUUCCAAAUUGUGACUGAUUCUCUCUUAUGGCUAUUGGGAGGCCAUGUUCAACUCAUACAGAAUGUACUACAAAGUGAUCAUUUCUUACACUUACUACAAACUGACAGUGUUCAAAUAGGAUCUACAGUCAUGACCCUGCUACAGAAUAUAUUACAGAUGCACAGUGAUGAUCUAUUUAGAAUAGAAGGCAAAACCCUGCAUUCUGUUUUAGAUGAAGUUAUUUCCAAGCUUUUAUCAACUCCUAGUCCACUCAUAAGAAGUACUGCUACAAAGCUUCUACUGUUGUUGGCUCAGUCCCAUCAAGAAAUUUUUAUUUCAUUGAGACUAAGUGCUUGCUACAAAGGACUCAGAAAUCUACUAAGUAAACCUGGAAUUGGGACAGAAUUUAGUCAAGAACUUGAACAACUCAUUGGCCUUUUAAGUCCUAAAAUCUAUGAGGAAGCAAGAGAGCAGAAACUACAUCAAGCAGCUUGCUUGAUUCAAGCUUAUUGGAAGGGCUUCCAGACUAGAAAGAGAUUUAAGAAGCUUCCAUCUGCUGUGAUUGCUUUGCAGAGGAGUUUCAGAUCUAAACGAAGAAAGACAUUGCUGAAACUAAAUCGGCAGAAGGAAGAAAAGGAUCUCAGAUUACAAUUGCAAAUUGAAAGACAGAGAGCCAUGAGACUUUCCCGAGAAUUACGGCUUAGUGUGCUUGAAAUAGUUCACCCAGGUCAAGUAGAGAAAUACAAUCAGGAGAUGGAAGAGAAAUCAGCAUUAAUUAUUCAGAAGCAUUGGAGAGGGUACAGGGAAAGGAAAAAAUUCCACCAACAGAGGCCGUCUCUCACCGAGUAUAAAGCAGCGGUCAUACUUCAAAGAGCAGUUCUUAAAUUCCUAGCAAAGUGCCAUAAGAAAAAGAAACUAUCUGCCUCUUGGCAAGGACUCCAAGAACUCACUGAUACACACAGAGUUCAACUGAGGCAACAAGUGGAUGACUAUGUCAGAAGACAUCCAAGCUCUCAGAUGUCAGAUGUGGCCAGCAGGGAGCUCCAUGCCCAAGCUCAAGAACGGCUACAACACUACUUUAUGAGCAGGGCCCUGGAAGAGAGAGCCCAGCAGCACAGAGAGGCCCUGAUGGCCCAGAUCAGCACCAGUAUUGAACAGCUAAUAAAGGCACCAACUCUGAAGGACGCAAAAGGGAAAGAACCUGAGCUCUUCCUAAGUAGAUCCAGGCCUGUGGCAGCAAAGGCCAAACAGGCCCAUCUCAUCACCCUGAAGCAUGCACAAGAACCCUGGUGGAAGAAGCUUGGGGAAGAACCACACGAUGAGAUUGAUGUUCCAAAGGAUGAGCUUACCAUAGAAUUAGGAACCUUAUUCAUUGGUGGAACCAAACCCCCUUAAGGAGUUACCCUGAAAACUGACACUUAUUUUAUAUUUCAGGAAACUAUAUUGGUUCUGCUCUUGUAUGCUGGUAGCCUAAGACUUACCUAACUUGGAAUUUUCCAGAGAUUUCUACAAAAAAGAUUUACAGGAAAUAAGCAAAGAGAUAUUAUCUACCUCUCAAUUCUCUUUAUUUUCUCCACAUCCCUCUCUCUGGCCAUACAUACAGAUUUGUGUUGCUUUUAUUGUGGCACUAAACUGAUCAUGGCAUUGUGUUACCAUAAAAUACGACAUUUAUUUCAUUUUUGCUA